AUCUGCACCACUCCAAAGCCUCUAAGCUCAUUUCCUGGACUCUUCCUCACCGAGCUCUUCGAUUCUUUCUCAAGUACCAACCAUGAAGGCCAGCAGUCAGAAGCGAUAUGCUCUCCUCCUCGCCGCUAAAGACUCAGACUAUGUGAAGAAAAUCUAUGGAGGCUACUUCCAUGUCUUCGUCAAUGCAUUUGGUGAUGAUGGUGAGACAUGGGAUCUUUAUAGAGUGAUAGAUGGCGAAUUCCCUGAUAUGGAGGAGCUCGAUAGCUAUGAUGGCUUUGUGAUCAGUGGAAGCCCCCAUGAUGCCUAUGGAAAUGAACUCUGGAUCCUAAGGCUCUGCUUCCUACUCCAGACCUUGGAUGCCAUGCAGAAGAGAGUCCUUGGCAUUUGCUUUGGCCACCAGGUUUUAUGCCGGGCAUUGGGAGGCCAAGUUGGAAAGGCUUAUGAGGGUUGGGAUAUUGGAGUUCGGAAGGUGAUCAUGGUGGAAGACUUGUCCCAAUACAAAUUUCUUGAAGGUGUCGACGAGUUCCCUCGCAGUGCUUCAAUCAUCGAGUGCCAUCAAGAUGAGGUGUGGGAGGUGCCAUUGGAGGCUGAGGUGCUUGCCUUCUCGGAGAAAACCGGCGUUGAGAUGUUUGCCAUCAGAGACCAUGUGUUGGGAAUUCAAGGGCAUCCAGAGUACACCAAAGAUAUCUUGCAUAAUCUCAUUGAUCGGCUUGCGAACAUGAGCUCCAUUGAUAGAGCUUUUGCUGAUGAUGCCGAAAGGAGACUGGAGGAAGUCGAACCUGACAGGAGAUUUUGGACGAAGUUGUGCAAGGGAUUCCUCAAGGGAAGAUAAAACCAAGUAUCUAAGCCUCUGUUUCUGGUCCUGUUUUGGUAUCUAUAAUCGGAAAGUUUACUGCGUAAAAGAUUGGCAACAUAGAAUGCUUGCCUCUUUGUAAUAUUAAUCUGUCCCUUCUGAUUUUAAAGCAAGACGGCAAAAAAAAAAAAAAAUAGUACUAGUUGAUUUUUGCAAAAAUAGAGCUCAUACAUACACUACCUUUUUGUAA